CAACGCGGCCCGGCGCGGUCUGAGGCGCCGCCGCCAUUUUGUGCGCAGAAGACCGAAGGGCCGCAGCCGCCCGAGUUCCGCUCGUUUGCCGUGGACCCGCAGAUCACCUCGCUGGACGUCCUGCAGCACAUCCUGGCUCGCGCCUUCGACCUGCAGGGGAGGAGGAACUUCGCCCUCAGCUUCGCAGCCCGCGACGCUCAGGGCCGGGAGAGCUUCGUGCCGCUGCUGAGCGAUGGGGACCUGGCAGCCGCCUUCACAACUGCCCGGCCCGCCCUGCGCCUGCGCCUGGAUGUGCGCCCGGCAGCUGACUGCCCGCUGCUGGAGGACUGGGACAUCAUCAGCCCUCGAGAGGUGGCGGCUGCUGAGCCUUCUCUGCCCCCCGCGGCCGAGCGCCGCUCUCUGCUGGCCGCUGCUGUGCCCUUCACGCAGGCGCUGUGGGCGCAGGUGGGCCGGACGUUGGCUCGGGCGCAGGCAGCUUUGGCCUGGUCCGACAGCACUUCCCAGACCCCCACCUCGCCGCCAUCCACCCCCCCUCCACCUUGUGCCCCGCUGAGCGACGCCGACCUGCGCUCCUACCUGGGCCCCGGUGGGCGCCUGCUGCGGCCGCACGACCUCCGCCUGCACGUCUACCAUGGCGGCGUGGAGCCCGGGCUGCGCAAGGUGGUGUGGCGUUACCUGCUGAACGUUUUCCCCGCCGGGCUGUCAGGACAGGAGCGCCUGGCCCACCUGCGACGCAAAGCCGACGAAUACACGGCGCUGAAAUCCCUGCUGGCCUCGCGGGCGGCCCCGGCAGAGCUGGCCUUGGUGGCAGCCGCCGUGCGCAAGGACGUGGUGCGCACCGACCGCGGCCACCCCUACUUCGGGGGUCCCGAGGAGGGGCACCCCCACCUGGCGGCGCUGCAGGCUCUGCUCACCACCUUCGCUUUGGGCCACCCGCGCCUCUCCUACUGCCAGGGAAUGUCGGACGUGGCCGCGCCGCUGCUGGCCGUGCUGGACGACGAGGCCCAGGCCUUCCUCUGUUUCUGCUCCUUAAUGCGGCGUUUGGGGCCGCGCUUCCGCCCUGGGGGCCGAGGUUUGGCCCGAGCUUUUUCCCACCUGAGGCGGUUGCUGCGUCGUGCGGAUCCGCCCUUCUGGGCCUUCCUGGCCGCCCGCGGCGCCCACGAUUUGCUCUUCUGUUACCGUUGGCUGCUGCUGGAGCUGAAGCGCGAGUUUGCCUUCGAGGACGCGCUGCGGGUGCUGGAGAUCACCUGGAGUUCCCUGCCGCCCUGGGAGCGCCCCUGGGGCACGCAGGGCACGGAGGGGCUGCGGGAGAGGAGGGGGAUGCGGCCUCGGCCUCCCCGGCGCCGGAGGGAGAAGCGGGGAGGGGGCGUCCAGGAGGGUCCCGGCAGCUCCGAGGACAAACUGAAGGCUGAGGGAUCGGAGCCCGUCGUCUGUGGUUCCAACACGUGCAAAAAUGAUGGACUGGAGGAUCCCAAAAUCAGCAGGGAAUGUUUUGCUGUCCUGAAGAAGCUCGCAGAUGUUUCCGCUCCAGAGGUUUGUGCCCAAGCCGACGUCUCUGGGAAGGCUCGUGAGAACAGCAAAGCGAUCUCAGCAGAUCUCAGAGGCUGCAGGGGAGGCGUUGGAGGCCCUGAGAGCCUCGAAGACAUCGGCACAAAGAGCGGCUCUGAAGGUCUGAGCGUCCCCAAAGCGGCGCAGACCCCAAAGGAGGUCGGGGGGAACCCCAGUGAGGUCGGUGGCGACUGCAGGGAGAUGAGCGGGGAGCUCAGAGGGGCCGGCAGGAGCUCCAGCAUCCAAAAGGAAGUUUGUGAAGAGCCCAGAGAGGCUGGCGGGGAUCUCAGCGAUACCAAAGAGGUCGGCGAAGAUCCCACGAAGGUUAUCAAAGAUGAUAAAACUCCCAAAGAGGUCAGAGGGGACCCUAAAGGGAUUGGUGAAGUUGCCAAAGGGGUUGGCGAGGACCCCAGCGCUGCCAAAGAGUUUGGUGAAGACCCCAAAGAGGUCAGUAGUGACCCCGGAGAGGUCGGUGAAGACCCCAAAGAGGUCAGUGAAGGCACCACCAUUGCUGGGGAGCCCGGCGAAGAUCCCACAGAGGUACGUGACGACCCCACAGACCCACACAGCGACCCUGCGGCUGUGGAUGCGAAUCCCACCGUAUUCAACACGGCCGCCGAUGCCCCGGAGGAUCCGUGGGCAGGAGGCUGGGCUUGGGAGGACUCGUGGUCCUCCUCUUCCUCCUCGUCCUCCUCCUCUUCCUCGGAGGAAGAAGAGGUGGGCGUGGAGGACGACGGGGCACCGCUGCCGCCGCCAGCAGAGCUGGGCCAGGGGAAUCCCUUCCUGCUGUUCGUGUGCCUGGCCAUGCUGCUGGAGCAGCGGGAGGCGGUGAUGGCGCGGGCCGGGGACUACAACGAGGUCGCCAUGCAUUUCGACCGACUGGUCAGGAGGCAUCAGCUGCCCCGCGUCCUGCGCAGGGCCAAGGGGCUCUUCGCCCGCUACCUGGAGGGCUGGGGGGAGCGGCCCUAUGGGGAGCUGGAGGUGGAGGUGGGACCCCAUAAAGACCCCCAUGGAGACUCAUGA